AUGAAACUGGUACUCCUCAUCGCCCUCUCUUGUCUCGCCGGCUUCUCAAUCGCCCACCUCGGGUCCCCCAAGUUCCCCGGAUAUGGAUUCAAUUGGUAUGACCCGGUCUACGGAUUUGCGUGUUACAAUGCCAUCUCCAGUGCUCCGCUAUCAUGUACCGAGUCGGGGGCCACGUCCCCAGAGUGCUUUGCCAGUGACAUGGCCUUUUUAACUACUUUGGCAUACCGUAUGAAUUCGACAUGCGAUCCCAUGACGGUGCCGACCUGGCAGAGGGAGAAGUUUUGGUCCAUGCAGGUGACUGGCGAUAUGGCUGUUGAGCCGGAGAUGGACUAUUCGAGAACGCUUGAAAUGGUCACGGAAACCCCGACGGUCGAGUUCAACUCCAGCUCGAAAAGCACCUUGAAUCAGACCAUGUUGAUUAGCAGGGAGUCCUAUGAGAUGCAGAGCAAGUUUAUGAUCAUCAUCGUUCUUGUCACGAUUGGUUUCGGCACGCCCAUCUUCUUUACCCUCCUUGCCCGUCUCCCUUUCAUGACAGGCCUUCUUGACAAAAUCAAGCCAUGUCUAACUUACCCCUCCACCAUCGGGACUUACCAUGUUCGGCCCCUACCAUGGCUUUUGGGCAACGCCCCCAAUAUCGGACAAAGCCUCUAUAUAGCAAUGUUCUUCCUCCUUAACCUCGUCCUCAGCGCUGUCAAUUACUCCAACUCACAACAUCAUCCAUGGGGCUUCGCGCCCGGAGACGAACUCUUCGCGUAUAUAGGUUACCGCACCGGCCACAUAGCAUACGCCCUCAUUCCCCUCGUCAUCCUUUUCUCCAGUCGCAACAACUUCCUCCUCUGGAUUACCAACUGGCCGCACUCGACUUACAUGCUCCUGCACCGUUGGGUCGCCCGUAUCUUCGCCAUCCAGGCCAUCGCCCACAGCAUCACCUUACUAAUGUCAUACCAGGGCACAGGUAGCUACCUAACCGAGUCUAAGCUGCCCUACUGGCUAUGGGGAAUCGUCGCCACCGUACUCACCUGCACCAUGCUCGUCCUCAGUCAUAUAUACUUCCGCCAAUUCGCCUACGAAGCCUUCCUCGUCCUGCACAUCAUUCUGGCCGUCCUCGUCAUCGUCGGCUGCUGGUACCAUGUCGUCCUCAUGUGGGGUUACAACUUCUAUGACAACUGGCUGUAUGCCGCCUGCGCGGUAUGGUUCUUCGACCGUCUAGUCCGCGUGAUCCGUGUGGCCAAGAAUGGUGUCAGGGGCGCCAUUGUCACGGAAAUAGGCCCCGACCAUGUGCGGGUCGAUAUUCCAGGCAUACGUUGGGCUAGCAAACCGGGCUAUGUGGCGUAUGCGUAUUUCCCAGCGCUCAACCCUCUACGGCCAUGGGAGAACCAUCCGUUUUCUAUCAACUCGACAGCUGUAUUCCGAAGUUACAAGCAUGCGUUUACGCCGGUGUCUGCAUCAGCGUCGCUGGAACACUCAUCGGAGGAUGGUAAUGACGUAGAAAAACCGAAGGGCAACAAGGUGAAAGCGAGUGUGGUACGCAAUGCGGUUGGAGAGGUAGGCACAUCAGGCGUGACAUUGAUUAUCAAGAAGAACACCGGUUUAACAAGGCUGCUGAUGUCGCAUGGUAAGUUGCUGACGUUGCUUGACGGUCCGUAUCCACAGAACCCGAGCUCUGAAGUCCUAAAAUGCGAUCACGUGUUGUUGAUCGGCGGCGGUAUUGGGAUCACAGGGCUCGUACCGUGGAUUCAUGCCCAUCCGAAUGUCAAGCUGGCGUGGAGCAUCAAGCCGAGCGCGGAGGCGCUAGUCAGGGAGAUGGACAUCGUGCUGAGGGAUGUGGCGGAUAAGGAGGUAGUAGUUGGGGAACGAUUGAAUAUAGAAGCCUUGUUGAGAAGUGAAGCAGAAGCUGGGUAUGAGAAAGUUGGUGUUGUUGUCUGUGGGCCUGGGGGAAUGUGCGAUGAUGUUAGAGCCAGAGUAGCCGGAUUGGGGAGAGGUGGGAAGACGAUUUUUCAGUUGGAGGUUGAUGCGUUUUCGUGGUAA